CCCUCUCUCCUUGUCAUUUUAAUGUUUUAAAUGCAUUUUGCAUCUUUUCCUUCCUUUCUUACUCUCCUCCUCUCCUUUACUCUCCUUCUUUAUAUUGCAUUUCGCAUCCUUUUCUUUUUAACACACUCACGCUCUCCUCCUUUAUAAUUGAUUAUAGAAAACUCACAUUCUAUUACUUCGCGGAGAAGUACAUAGACUUCAACACGCUGGUGAACGCAUUGUUCCGAGCCUUCAAGACUCGCAUCUGGAUGUCGGCGAUCAACCCGGCAUCAUUUGCCAUCAUGGCUGAGCCUGGUCCUCGACCCAGCGAGAGGGCGCAUCGUGGUUUGGCUGAUGAAAAGCGCCGGGUGGAAGAGGAAGCAGUGCGCUUCCACAACUAUCCAGCGUUCUUUCAUCAGGCCUUCGACACGCCGGGCGCGGGGCCGUUCUACGGCCCUUAUGCGCCGCCGGCCAUGUCCUUCGGCCAAUACCAGAACUACGCUGGGUAUGCGAACGGCCAGAGUUCCACGGUCCACCCUGCCAAUACCGGGCCGUCGUCUCCCUACAUGCCUGCCGGACACAGCCAUGCCGUCCCUUCGUUCGCUCCCGCCGCCGCCUCGUUCGCUCCCGCCGGUCAACAAUCUCCUGGGUUGGGGGGACGUAUCGCGUUCGGGAGUUUCCCAAGCUCAGCGUCGUACGGGUACCCCCAGUCCCAGCAUACGAACCAGAGCGCGGACAACGACCUGGAGGACGUCCAGAAGCACCUCCGCGGCCUCGGCAUUGGAAAGGAGCCUUCGUUCAGUCAGCACGGUUCUCGACAGGGCACAGCGUGGUGAGCGGUGACGAGCUCAUCGCCGCAUAACCCUAGGUCAUCUCAUGUCACAGCGGUGGCCUCAUGAUGGAAUAGACUCGAACUUCUUCACCAGAAUCCUCA